AUGUUAGACCUCAAUUAUUGUGAAAUAACUCUGGCGCUUCUCAUAGAUGACGUGUGGUCAGAGGAUGUGAAGAAGCGCUUGACUUCACUAGCUGAAGAGAUAACGGACCUGGCUUCUCACAUCCCUGACUCUUCUGGCCAACUUGAAAAUCUGCAGAGGGCUGCAGAAAUACUAGCUGACAUUUCAGAGAGUAUAACUGCCUUAAGAAGCACACUGCUUGGUUCAGGUUCCCCUUCUAUACUGGAGAGGAGCUGUGGUGCAACUCCAACAAAACUUGAAGCAGAGUCAGCAAAUGUUGGAGCACAAAAAGUUGCAAUGCCUGAAUUUGCUAAACAACCUGAAGGUGACUUCAACAUCUGCUCUGAUGCUACGCUAGCUGGCCUCUGGGAGGGAGAUCUUAAUGAAGAGGCGGAGAGAGGUAGCGCUGUUGUGGAAGAUGGGCCCGCAGCAGCUAGCUCUAAGGACAAAGUGGACACAGAUGACUUCAUGUCCCUGGACAUUACUGAGCAAGAACUUCAAAUCUUGGAAUGUCAGGCUGCAAAAGAAUUGGUCAAUGAAGUGACACCUGAGGAGGCAUGCUCCACAGACAAGGACCAAAAUAUUUCCUGUGUCAUUGAAAGUGAUGAAGAACUGGAGAUGGAGAUGCUUAAAUCUUUAGAAGACGUAGACGAUUCCAAAGGAGUUCUAACUGAACGAGAGUCCGAUAAAGCCAGGAAAACUCCUGACACAGAAUUGAACAUUGCACCAGAUAGUGAUGAAGAUGAAGACAUUGAGGAAGAAGAUGAGGAAUGUUUGGAUCCAUUGCUGCCAGUACCUAGUGAAAGCCACAUCACAUGUCUGAAGAUGUAUUUUGGACACUCUUCUUUUAAACCGGUCCAGUGGAAAGUGAUCAAUUCUGUUUUAGAAGACAGAAGAGAUAAUCUUAUUGUCAUGGCAACUGGCUAUGGUAAAAGCUUGUGCUACCAGUUUCCUCCUGUUUACACUGGAUACACAGGAAUUGUUAUCUGUCCUCUUAUCUCCUUGAUGGAGGACCAGGUGCUGCAGCUGACAAUGUCAGGGAUUCCAGCUUGCUUGCUUGGUUCGGCUCAGUCGAAAAACAUCAAAGAAUGCAUCAAAGCGGGUCAGUACAGAGUCGUAUAUAUGACUCCAGAGUUUUGUUUGGGGAACUUAAAGUUACUUCAGGAUCUUGACCAAACUAUUGGUAUUACUCUCAUAGCUGUUGAUGAAGCUCAUUGCAUUUCCGAGUGGGGCCAUGACUUCAGAGAUUCCUUUAGAAGUUUAGGCUCACUAAAAAAGACCCUGCCAUCGAUUCCCAUUGUUGCUUUAACUGCAACUGCAAGUCCAUCGAUUAGAGAAGACAUAGUGAAUUGUCUGAACUUGAAGAAUCCCCAGGUCACGUGUACUAGUUUUGACAGACCUAACUUGUACUUAGAAGUUGGACAACAAAGUCGAAAUAUCCUUAGGGAUUUAAAGCAGUUCCUUACUAGGAAAGGAAGCAGUUCUGCAUAUGGGUUUGAAGGCCCCACUAUCAUCUACUGCCCUUCAAGAAAGGUGACUGAACAAGUCGUGUCUGAAUUGAAUAAACUCCAUGUGGCCUGUGGUGCAUACCAUGCUGGUAUGGGAAUCAAACAAAGGAGAGAGACUCAUCACCAGUUCAUGAGGGAUGAAAUUCAGUGUAUUGUGGCUACAGUGGCAUUUGGAAUGGGCAUCAAUAAAGCAGAUAUCCGGAUGGUUAUUCAUUACGGUGCCCCUAAGGAAAUGGAAUCCUAUUAUCAAGAAAUUGGGAGAGCUGGUCGUGAUGGGCUUCCUGCUUCUUGUCACGUCUUAUGGACUGCGACAGACUUGGCUUUUAACAGACGUCUUCUAAGCGAGAUACGCAAUAAAACGUUCCGGUUCUACAAACUGAAGAUGUUGGCAAAAGUAGAGAACUACCUUUUGUCAAAUAGCUGCAGGAGAAAAAUCAUCCUGUCUCAUUUUGAAGACAAACAACUGCGAAAGGUUUCCUCUGGCAUCAUGGGCACGGAAGAAUGCUGUGAUAAUUGCAGGUACAGAGCCUCUCGUUUUGCAGUCCCCAGUAGCUCAGAAGGUGGUUUACAGGACUUUGGGCAGCAAGCGUAUCAGCUGCUGUCUGCAGUGAGUGCCCUGGAAGAGAAGUUUGGAACUCGAGUUCCCAUUCUGUUUCUCCGAGGGUCUAGUUCCCAACGCUUGCCAGACGUGUACCGUAGACACCCUCUCUUUGGUAGUGGAAAAGACUGGCCAGAGAACUGGUGGAAAUUGCUCUGCCAACAGCUGAUAACAGAAGAAUUCCUCGAAGAAGUCUCUGGGCGUAGCAAAUUUGCAACCACGUGUGUGCUUACCCAGAAGGGUAGAAAUUGGCUGUUAAAAGCUAGAUCUGCUUCAAAUCCAAGUCUUCUAUUACAGUCCAGUGAAGACCUUAAUCUGCAGAGAUCUCCUAGAAGGAGUAGACCUUUACCUGUGCUCUCAGCACAGCGCUCCCCAGACACAAAAGGAACAACACGGUCACCAGUCAAGCAGAUGUCUCUGUAUGAUAUGUUUUCAUGUGAGAGAAAAGGUAAAACUCUUGCAAGAACCAAUAACAUACUUAACAGUGUUGCAGAGCACUCACCAGUGAAAUCUCCUUUGAAGCCUCCAGAACCUGUUGUUUCAUCCCGAGAAAAAGAACUAGAGGCUGCUCUGUAUGGCAAGUUGCUGACUGCUAGACAGAAGGUAGCUAAUGAGAAGGUAAUUCCUCCAGCUGUCUUGGCAACCAAUAAGAUCCUGGUGGAGAUGGCCCGAAUAAGGCCUACAAAUGUUGAGAAUACGAAGAGAAUUGAUGGUGUAUCUGAAGCAAAAUCCACCCUGCUGAUCCCUCUCCUGGCUGAAAUCAAGGACUUCUGCCAAGUAAAUGGUUUGCAGACUGACAUAUUCCCCAUGUCUGGAUCUAAAGAUCAGAAAGAAGCAUCUCCCUGGAAGUCUACUAAAGCCCUGUCUCCCUCGGAACACGUCACCUAUGUCCUGUUCCAGGAGAAAAAUCUCUCUGUGAGGACUAUAAGUGAGAGCAGAUCUCUGCCUCUUUCUGAAGUUGGCACUCACCUGUUCCAGGCAAUGAAAGCUGGCUACCCUGUCAACCUGGAACGAGCAGGUUUGACUCCUGAAGUUCAACAGAUCAUUUCUGAUGUUAUCCGUAAUCCUCCCAUUGACUCGGACACCACCAAAAUUCAAGCAAUUAGAAAACUUGUUCCUGCAAAUAUUGAACUGUAUCUCAUCAGGAUGACUAUUGUGUUACUGGAGAAAGAGGACAGAAAUAAGUCUCAGGAUGGCUCAGGCGUCAAAAGGAUGUUGGUGUGGCCAGAUGGGCAGCAGUUAAAAACAGGAGCAGAUCAAGCAAGCAGGGAAGAUGCCUUGUGGAGUGAAACAAAGGGUGAUUUGAUCAAUCCGACAUUGAAGGAAGGAGCAGAGAAAAUCCAUCUGCAAGUGGUGCCUUUGGCUUCAGCUGUACAGAGCGUGGAUGACAGCCAGCCAGGUACCAGAGGGGCAGCAGGCCGCCUGAAGCCCAUCACACUGGCCUCCUGGAAUCAGCCUGCCCUCAAUCCUGAAGAGGAGGAACUGUUUGCUGACUCCCAGCCGAAGAGCUCACAUACCUCUUGUAAGAGGAAGGUGCCGGCGUGGUUUGGACCCUCAGCAGUGACAGUUCUACCUCCAACCCAGACCAAGAAAUCCAAAGCAGACACUAGAACAGGGAUUUUCAAUUGA